AUGCUAAAAGAGCUCGCAAAAGUACUCAAACAUUAUGGUGUGAGACAUAAGGUAGCUGCACCUUAUCACCCACAGACCAAUGGGCAAGCUGAGGUGUCUAACAGAGCGAUCAAGAGGAUCUUGGAGAAAACAGUUGCUGCAUCAAGAAACGACUGGUCACAAAAAUUGGAUGAUGCUCUCUGGGCAUACAGGACUGAAAUGAAGACAUCAAUGGGUUUAUCACCUUAUCAACUAGUUUAUGGGAAAGCAUGUCAUUUGCCAGUGGAGAUGGAGCAUAGAGCUUUGCGGGCUCUUAAAUUUUUGAAUUUUGAUCCUUCUAAAACUCAGCACAAGCGUAGAAGGCAGAUGCUGGAGCUUGAAGAGAUGUGGUUGCAUGCAUAUGAUUCAUCCAGACCAUUCAUAGUGAAAAGUGUGCGUCCACAUGGAGCAAUUGAAUUGAUUGAUCCAGUUGCUAGUGAUCCACAGAGAAGUUGGGUAGUGAAUGGUCAACAUCUCAAGCAUUAUCUGGGAGGAGAAGUGGAGCGUUUAUCCACAGUGAUGAAGUUGGUUGAUCCUUGA